AUGGCGCCUACAAACAGUCUUCUUUACAAAAACUUUCAGAAACAUCCCGCGGCUCUUCUUGAGUCGACAGAUGGGAUCUAUCUGAACACUAGCGAUGGACGCAAGAUUCUCGACGCUACGAGUGGAGCGGCUGUUGCGUGUCUGGGCUAUGAUAACAAGGACGUUCAGAAAGCUGUUGCAGAGCAGCUUGUGAAUGUCCCGUACUGCCAUCCUGGUUUCUACAAGACGCAGGCUGCUGAAGAUCUUGCAGACUUCCUCGUCGAGUCUACGAAUGGCCAAAUGUCCAAGGCUGUUCUUUGCGGAUCAGGAUCUGAAGCCGUCGAAGUCGCGCUCAAGCUUGCGAAAACGCAUUUUGCGCACCUCGCUAUCCCUCAGACUGAGCGAAGCCACUUCAUAACUCGUGUGGGAGCAUGGCACGGCGCUACGCUCGGUGCGCUGACGCUGGGUGACUUCAAAGUGCGAAAAGAUCCCUUCGUGCAGUUGAUCUCGCAGAAUUCUUCUCGCGUGUCCGCGUGUAGUUCGUACAGAGGACAGCGUGACGGUGAAGACGACGAGGCGUAUGUUGCGCGUCUUGCCCAGGAGCUCGAUGAUGAGUUUUUGAGAAUUGGACCUGAGAAGGUCUGCGCUUUUGUGGCUGAGACUGUUGGAGGGAGUGCGAGCGGUUGUGCUAUGCCGUUGAAGGGAUAUUUCCCUGCUAUGAAGGCUGUUUGCGAGAAGUACAAUGCUCUUCUUAUUCUUGACGAAGUCAUGUGCGGAAUGGGUCGUACAGGCACUCUUCAUGCUUGGGAGCAGGAAGAUGUCGUCCCUGAUAUUCUCGUCGUCGGUAAGGGUCUUGGUGCGGGAUACGCUCCUGUUUCUGCAGUCAUGAUCAACUCCAAGCUCGUCGAGUCCUUCCAAAAGAGCGGCAAGGGCUUCGCCCACGGUCAAACCUACAUGGCCCAUCCCCAAGCCGCCGCCGCCGCCCUCAAAGUCCAACAAAUCAUCCGCGACGAAAACAUGCUCUCGCACGUCGACGCAAUGGGUGCGUAUCUCGGCACCAAGCUCAAAGAGCGCCUCCUCCCGAUGCCAUACGUCGGCCACAUCCGCGGGCGCGGCCUCUUCUGGGCUGUCGAAUUCGUGACCAACAAAAAGACCAAGACCCCGUUCCCGUAUGAUCUCGGGCUCAACGGCCUGCUGCACGCGCGCGGAAUGAGCGCUGGGUACGAAAUCGCGCUGUUCAACGCUAACGGCGGGUAUGAUGGGUACAGUGGAGAUCAUUUCCUGAUCUGUCCCCCUUUUAUCGUGACGAAGGAGGAUGUUGAUGAGAUUGUGGAGAGGACGGCGAGGGUGGUGGAGGAUACGUUUGAGGAGUUGGGUAACUCGGCGGUUUGGGAGAAGAUUACCCUGCAGAUGGAGAUUGACGAUGUUGAGGUUGAGGUUAAGCCUGCUGCGGCGAUGGUUGCUGCGCAGUGA